AUGCAAAGUCAUAUUGUAAAAGGAUUCAGUAAAUGCGGAUUAUAUCCGUUUAACCCUGACAGUGUGGACUACACACUCUCAGGUGUCUCAGAAAAGACAUUAACGGUAAAUGAUUUCGAAGCUGCCAGGAGAGUAAUUGAGUCAAUUUCAAAUAAUUUGAUAAAAUAUGGUGUCAAUGUAGACGUUGUAAUCAUCGAAAUUAAGUUCCAAAAAUCACUAUUGAAAAAAGAUUCCAAUACAAUAAUUCAACCGUACACUGCUCCAACUACUUCAGCAGAUCAGGCUGUAAAUAUUUCUGUGGGAAGUAUUGUUCCUAUGGACCAUGUAACUUUGCUACCUGUUGAUAUAAUAGAAUUUGAGGAAGGUGAUGCAAAAGACAACAAAGGGCAAACUAAAAAGGAAAUAGACAGAUACAAAGAAAAUGAAGGAGUAAACAAAGAAGAAAAUGACAACGAACAUAAGAAAAUAAACCAACAAGAAAGUUGGACUGAAACUGGAAAAGAAAGAUACACAAAAAAAAAGGAAGAAAUUCUAGGUCUGGUCAAGCAGACUGACAUGAACACAGCUGUGAUAUUACAUGGUAAGUUACAUGAUAUUACAAAUCUUGACAGUAGGGAUAAAAAUGCUCAAAAUAAAGAAACAAACAAAGAUUUAAUGGGUAAGACUAAAGAAGUAACUGAGGACAAUGAAAAAGAUGAGGCUCUCACUCCUGAUCCUUUCCAAAAACAUCUGAUAUUCCCAGAAGUAUCUUUUAAAAGAAAGAAGCAUAUUAUUUAUUGUGAAAUAUGUAAAAGUGACGUUGAUAUUUCCAACAGUGGACGAAGUAAUAUUAAAGCUCAUUUGGGAAAGAAGAAACACACAUUGGUAGCUAAUGCAGUGACUAGAAGCAAUAAAUUACAUUCAUUUUUUAAAUCCGCAAGUGUGAGCUCCGAGAACUUCAUAAUUGCAGCCAAAGAAGGGACAUUUGCAUACCACACCAUUAGGCAUAUGCACAGUUUUAGAUCAUUAGAUUGUACUUCCAAAUUGAUUUCCAAUUUAUUUGAGUCUAAAUUUUGUUCUGCUAGAACUAAAAGUGAAGCCAUCGUGAAAAAUAUUUUGGCCAGAGAAUCGCAGUUACGGCUGGAAGUAGAAAGUGCAGAAAAGCAACCUGCGUACAUGUCAAGUAUGAAUCGAGCUAGGAAAUUGGUUAGUUUGGCUCUAGAUCAACAUCAGCAGACAAUCCUAGAUGAGAGCACCGGAGAACUGAAAACAAAAUUCGGAUCUAAAGAUUCGUCUGACGAAAGUGGAUGUAAUGAUCCAGAACCUACAGGGUUCAGCGAUUCUAGCUCAGAAUAUGCUCCUAAUGAUAUUAGCCUGCAUUCUGCUACAUCGGAUGACAGCUCUACUAAAGAAGAGUUGUAUCCUGUUACUGGUGAUUUAUCUGUAGUUGGGACUAGUGAUGGCCGUCAGAAGAAACGUCCAAAGAAAGGGCAAGGUGAUCCAUCUAAGUGGAAACGCGCAAAAAAUGCUUUAUCUAGGCUUAAGGGUGAAUCGUACCUGGGCUUUCAGAAAAACUCUGACUCGAAACAUCAAGAGAGCAGCAUGGCUAACGGUGAUUAUGAACAAGAGCAACGUAGGCUGCAAACAUUGUGGGAUGAAUUGUUAUCUGAUGAAGACGAUAAAAUAAGUGAAUUUGAAGACAUUUAUUUAUCCGAUGAGUAUGUACCUGAUAGUAGUGACGCAACCUGUAGUGAUGAAGAAAUUCCUACAAAACUUGCAAAAAAAUUUGAAACCACCGAGGCGAUCAAUGUUGAAAGAGAACUUGCUCCAUCCACGCGAAUUGCAUCUCGGAAUAAACAGCCAAGUUCAACGGAUAAGGAAGUACUGGAAAUUUUGUCAAAGGCUGGACAAAAAUUGGAUUCCAUCACCACCAGCGAUACGUUUGACACCUAUAGAAAACACAUCGCAGAUCGUCUACGGCAAAUGAAACCGGGCCAAGUAAAAUUCGUCCAAAAACUUAUUAGUGAUGUACUAUUCGAAGGAGAAAUGGAAUCUCUUAAUGGAAAUUGCAAGUUAAAAGUUACAAGACAGGGAGAAAUACAGUCAUUACCAUCAUUUGUGGGGGAAUCCUACCCACCUCAUUAUGGACAAACAAUCUCUCCUCAGUUUUUACAACCCCAACAACAAGUUGCGCACCAACCUCUAAUGGAACAACUUGCACAUCUACCUGGCAUAAAAGGCGUUCCUCAGCCCGUACCAGUAUUGACAGAAACAGAAAGGCCAGUUACCACUUCUUCGUUAGUCGAUUACAUCCCCACAGCCUGCAGUACACCUAGAAGGACUGCUAGCGAGAAAGAUCAGGAAGAACCAUCUUCUACGGAUAGUAACCUAGAAGAGGCAAAUGAAAUGGUGGAUGAUCCAGGAAACUCCAAUCCAAUACCAGAACCUCAGAACCAGUCUCAGAAUAUAAAUCAGAAUAUAGGUAACUCCUCCGAUUGUCAUCUCCAAACAACUCCAGACUACCAACCUAAAAAGAAAUUUAAGACACGGUCCAAAAGUCAACAAAUCGCUUCUACUGCUCGUGAACUUAAGAACUUAAGUGAAACUAUUUUACGCAGCGACCCUACAAAUGAUAGUGAGUGGGACAUUUAUGGAAAGUCUGUGGCAGCACAAAUAAAAUGUUUGUCUCCUGCUCAGGCACUCACUGCCCAAAUGGAAAUAAAUAAUAUCCUGACAAAGUGCCGUUUUAAUGAUUUAUAUUGUAACUCUACAGGAUCAGGCCGCGUUUUAACUGUGUCUACUAUGUGUCAUCCUUCAAACAGUUCUGGUUCCAGCCACGUCUACGUGGCAUCUCCAGAGCUUGAAGAAGAUACGUCUCAAAACAUAAUUAUCACAGAAGAAUCCUUGACAUCCGAGGAAAAUACAUUUUCAGAAGUUUCUAACACUUUCGGUUACAAACAAGAUGAUUAG